GUGAACGCAAUACGCGCCGACGACGGCGAGCUGCUUGGCAGUAUGCUCAGAUGCCUUCGCCUCGACGCUCGUUCCAUCCGUCAACGGCGGAAAACGCGCGAAAUUUAAAGCAUUCAAUAAUUUGUUAGUAAAAUAUCAUGACAACUAACAUUAACGAAUAUGUUGUAAAUUAAAGUUGGCAUUAAAAACAAUGCUGAAGUUUUAAUUACGUGUGAAUUUACUAAAUAGAUAAAGUGACUGAUUUAAAAUGGAUUUGUUAAGUGAAGCCAGUAGUGGGACGCGCGUUCUCACCGCUCGUCACAUAAGUGCGGACAAACAGUUUCCCGAUACGAACAUUCCUGUAAAUACAACAUUUUUGUGCCAUAGCUACAGCUUAAAUCCUGAUUUUGGAUCCUACUUCACAGCUCUUAACACUUACGCAUGGGUGCUAUGGGCCUGUGGUGCAGCGAUCCUCAUAGCAAUAUGCGCUUUAUACGUCAUCACGUUGAAAGCUGCCAUGAAACAUUGGAGAGAGAGUAUCUCCCAUGUUGCUGUGGUACUCAGUAUAUAUCCCAUCGUGGCGGCGACCUCUUUCAUAUCAAUAGUCGUGCCCAGGGCGCGGCUGCCGGCUGAGGCAGUCGCACAAGAGGCUGUCAUGAUAGCCUUAUACCACUUCUUCUGCCUAAUGAUAGCAGAAUGUGGCGGCGUCGAGCAAUUCGUCAGGAGUGCUGGAGGCGCUGAUCUUGAGACGAGGACUAUGCCCUGCUGUUGUUGGCCGUGUUGCGUAAUUCCGAGACCGAAGUUGCAAAAACAAAGUUUAACAUGGCUAAGGUACCUCGUUCUUCAGAUACCGAUAGUGCAAGGAAUCAUUUACUUCAUAAUCCUCGUUCUUUGGGCGGAAGAUUUCAUGUUGUACCAACAAAACUUCGUGUACUUCCAACCGUUUAUUGCCGCAUCAAUUCUGUCAGGCAUGUGGGGCGUCGUGAUGUGUGGCCGAGCUAUCAGUACCAUAGGCUACCAACCAAGACAUAGGUUCUUGGUCAUACAACUAACAUUGGUGAUUGUCAAACUACAGAAUGGGUUGACAAGAUCCUUGCCUGAUAUCGCCACAUUGCCAUGCAUACUACGAAUACAUCCCGCCGUUUUUACCAAUAUGGUACAAAACUGUGUCAUAAUCGUUGAGAUGCUACUGCUGUCUUUAUGGGCAUGGCGGCUCUACAGACAACCACCCGGAAAAGACCUGGAGAAAGUGCUGAGGGACAAAGUCGUGGUAGCUGUCCUAGAAGACAACACGAGAUCUAUUGAUGUGAGGGUCAAAGACGGCGUCGACAACAAGUCCUUCAACAAUAACAACAGUGAAGACGGAACCCUUUGAAUAGACUGGGGUCUGAUUAUGUUGUAUCAAGUCAAAAGACAAGAAGAACAGGGGGCGUAUUCUCUAAGCGUAAAAUAAUGUAGGUGUUGACAGUGUUCACAAAUCACACCCACUUUAAUUGUAAUCAUGUUAGGUGCCUUUAUUAUGUAGUUCGUAUAUCUAAAUGUUGUCGAUCACUUUGUAAAUCAAGUUUUUGUGAUACACGUUUAGCAAAUACAAGUACAAUUAUGUACCUGAACGUACGUAUGUAGGAUCCAUGGUCCGUUUGAUUUAAAAAUAUUAUAAUUACGUAUUCUUAUAAACGUAUUUCAAGAAACUACAUUUUAUAACUCAUUUUUGUAAUAGAUUCUAUUAUGAUGUGUCUUUAGUGUAUUUUUUAUAUUGUAUCAAAAUGACAAAGUGCACCAAACUUUGUAGAUGUGAAGUUAUUAUGAAUAUUGUGAUAAAAUUGAAUUAGAUAAAUAUACAUGUA